AUGGGCCACGGUAAUAGCAACAAGCUGUAUAUCACCCACGCCGAGCACACCGGCGUCGCCGGUGGACAGCAUAGUGCCUCAUCCUCUGGCUAUCGUGCGAAGGCGACAGGAUCCGACCUCCAACAGUUGCCUUUCGACUGCUGCGCUCUCUCCCUCCAGCCAUUUGAGAAUCCCGUGGUGGUACGCGAACCGGACGGAACAGGCAACGUAUUCGAUUUGAUGAACAUAAUACCAUGGGUCAAGAAGCAUGGGACGAAUCCUGUGACUGGGAAACCGCUCGCUAGUGGGGACCUGCUACGACUGCAUUACCACAAGAACCCAACGACUGGACAGUACCAUGAUCCCGUCACGUUCAAGCCGUUCAACGAGCACUCACACAUCGUCGCACUGGGGACAACGGGAAAUGUAUUCAGCUGGGAUACGAUCGAUACACUGUGUAUCAAGACGAAGGCCUGGCGGGAUCUGGUCGACGACAGCGCUUUCAAGCGUUCCGACAUUAUUACCCUGCAGGACCCACACCAUGUUGAAAAGAGAAGAGUAGCAAACUUUGAUCAUGUGUUGAAGCCGGAAGAGAAAGGCAAGGAUGAGGCUAUAGAUAAACCGAAGCCAGCUGCAGUGGUCGCUGGUCCUCGAAAAUCCCAGCAGGCGUACAACGCUGCCGGUUACACGAACAACGCCGCGUCCGCCUCGCUCACGUCUACCGCCUCCGAGCUCACCACCACCAACACCCAGCUGCUCAUCGACGAAGAAGAGUUUAUGUUCGAGCAAAUCUCUGCCGUCACGAAGGAAAAGGACCGCGCACGGAUGAAGGCGUACGUGCGGAUGAUGACGAACAUGGGCGGCUCGCUCAACCUCGAGCUGCACUGUGAUCGCGCGCCCAAGACCUGUUACAACUUCCUCACUCUGGCGCGAAGAGGGUACUAUGAUGGGUGCACGUUUCACAGGCUCAUACCGGGGUUUAUGGUCCAGGGUGGAGAUCCUUUGGGGACAGGAAAGGGAGGAGAGAGCUGCUGGGGAACACCGUUUCGGGACGAAUGGGAUGUCAAGGGUGCAUACAAGCACGACGCAAGAGGAGUAGUGAGCAUGGCUAACCACGGGGCGGCAACGAACGGGUCACAGUUCUUCAUAACGUUCAAAGCUACCCCGCAUCUGGAUAAGAAGCAUACCGUGUUCGGCAAGCUCGUAGGCGGAGAAGACGUGCUCGACCGAAUCGAGGCCGUCCCGACGAAGAAGGGAACCGAUACCCCGUUGAGCGCGAUCAAGAUCACAGGUAUUGAGAUAUUCCAAGACCCGUUCGAGGAAUACAAAGCUCGCUUAAAGCGGAAGUUGGACAGACAAGCGGAGCGUGCAUCCGAGAAAGCUGCGCCAAAAGAAGACGACCGAACGACGUGGUUCGGCACAAAGUUGGGGGAGAAGGGCCAGGGGUUGGACUUGAGCGGCGUGGGCGUGGGAAGGUAUUUGAAGAGAGCGGCGGAGACUCCUCUGGAGAAGGGAGAAGCGCCAGAGAAAAAGAAACAGAAGACUCUUGGAUUCGGGGAUUUCUCGUCUUGGUGA